AACAUUGCAGAGAGCACUUGAGGGGCUGUGAGAAGGAAACAACCACAGAGAGACAGAAAACAGAGAGCAUUCAGAGAAUCGGAGCGCACAGGGGGAAGAGAGGGAGAGACACACAGAGUCGUUGUGGACCGGCUGAAGACUCGCCGAUUGCUCAUCAGCCCGCCGUGACUCAGCCUUGAACGCGUGUCCGAGCAGAAUGGAUUUCAUUUGGGUUCAGCUGCCUCUGAGCUCUGCGGACGAUUUUCACUCCUUCUGGAUUACAUCUGAAAAAGCAGCCGGUGUCAUGAGCGGGGAAGCCAGCGAGCGGAAGGGAAGAUGGUAAUGUCACUGUUCUUCAAUAACCUUGAUUCUGUGGAGGGAUCAAUCCAGCACCUCCUCUCUGCGUUGUAUCCCCCCUAUGAAGCCACCGCCCCCACUCUCCUCAGUCAGCUCUUCCAAAUCAUCGACGGCCGCUACCAGAGGGAUGCCCUGCGCUGUUUUCUGGACUUCCUGGUACCGGCCAAGCACAUUUUAGAUACCGUGCAGCAGGCUGCAUGCGCUCAAUACUCCAAUGUGCUGUUCCUCUGCGAGGGCUGGCCUCUUUGUUUACGUGACCAAGUGGUCGUCCACCUCGCUCCCAUCGAUCCCCUCCUUCUUCAGCCAGGCGACUUUUACCUCCAGGUGACGCCAUUCUGCGACCAAUCAGCUCGCAUCGUGGUCUGCAGCUUGCUGAAGGAGGAGGGGCUUGCAGUGGAGGUGGUAGAGGAGACUCCGGUCCCUGAGACGUCCUAUCCUUGUAUCUUCAGCUCUGGCUGGUUGGAUGAGAUCAACCAGGAUCGCCAGGGGUCGCCGCUCAGACAAUGCUUAGUCGCUACUGAACGAGGCGUGGUGAGGUUGCCAUGGGAACGGGUAGCUGUGCCUGAUUUUGUGCAGCUGGCACGUUGUGCUGGGAGUAGCAUGGCCUCUGCUGCUCCGUCAAAUUCACCUUUAACUCCGCCUCCUCCUCCACCUCUUCCUGAUUCGUCCAAGACUUCAUCAUCUGAUAAUGCCUUCUUCCCUCUUUCCUCUUCAAAGAAAUCUGAGCAACUUAAUCCUGUGACUGCUAGUCAGAACUCAGGUUUAACAUCUUCCCCAGCAGCUUUCUCGGUGGAAACCAGGAUAUGUCCCGCAAAGCACGGCAUCGCUGUGUCACUUUGCCUGGUAGACGCUAGAACUUCAUCUUUGUCGCACUUGGUAAAAAUUAAAGGAAGUGAAGCAGAGCAUAAGCCAAUAGGCUGGGUGUCCCCGCAUACAUGGGAUAGUCGCUUUACUGGGACAAAUCAAAACGCAACCACAAAAACAGAAAAACCCAGCCUCUCAGGUGGUAAUAUAAUAGACUUCAAAGUUGGGAAUAAAGGUGCUGUAGCUUCUGAAAAUAUAUUGGAAGAUAAACAGAGAGACUCUAAAGCACAGAGAAUGAGCAGACAUGAGCCAGCAGCUGUUGCAACAGGGGACUAUAUUGAUAUUCUGCAGGCCAAAAUGCUCUUCGAUAAAGAUUGGUCAUUGACCGAAGAACAAAAACAUCCAAAUUGGCAAAAUCAGCCAAUCACGCAGCCGUUCAGCACACAGUCGGAAGUAAAUUCUCAGACAAAAGCACAAGACAGUAUCUGGAGACGUAGGACCUCAAUCUGUUCGUGUAUUCGCACUGUGCGCUUUGCAGAGAAGCCCUGUACCCCGUGCUUGGCCAGACGGCAGGGUGGGAAGGUCACCAAGGCUCAAGAGCUGAGAUGUCGAUACAGAGACUCAUACCAGGCUGCCAUACAGAACCCUGUCACCUUUGGGGCUGAGAAUAACAGAGGGAAUAUGCCAGCAGUGGUGGAGGAGGACACAGACACCUCACAGAUCGCUGACAAACUGAGAGCCAAGGAUUCAUGGAGAGAUGUUCAAGACACUAGAUGUCAUCCUGGAAGCUGCUGCAGAGACAGGACAGGUCGGGCGAUCGUUGAACUCUACGGACACGAUCAGGGAUGGGGGUCAACAGUAACAAGCCACGAGCUGUUCCAGAUGCUGCUCUAUUUCUACUCCAUCACCAGAAAAGAAAUCAGAGAAGCCGGAAUGACGCUAAUAUUUGAUGCAAGGAAAAAAAGUCCUCAACCACAGUUCUACAAGGCUCUGAUGACCCUUCAUGAGUGGUCACCUCAUGCUGUGAAUAGUUUGGUUCUGCUGGUGGACAAAGAGAACAACCCUCAGCCAGAAAGGUGUCCCGGCAUCCAGACUGAUUUGGUGACGUCAAUGAAAGCGUUACUCAAGCUGGUGGAGGUGAAUCAGCUGAGCUUCGGUCUGGAUGGCACAGCUCAUGGCUACUGUGACUGGUUGGAGCUGCAUCAGGCUGUACAGCAAUGCAUGAUGGACCAGAGGACUCUGAUGAGGACUGUCUUGGAGGACAGUCGAUUGGUCGGCCUGCAGAGGGAGGGCGGGGCCAUCCUGGCUAGGCUGAGGAAGGAGAGUGACUUGAAAUACCCUCACUGUGAGGACCUUAGUGAUGCAGUGGACUCCGUUACCAGUCUGUACAACUAUGUGGAGGAGCAGGCUCACAUCCUGGUGCAGAGGACGAAUGUGUCACUGGAACAUCUGGAAUACCUGCUGCAGCUCAGGGAAAUGGAGGGACACUUCAUGCAGAUUCAGCAAUGGUUCGCUGUAGAGGGAGAGCGCCACCUAAUGGAGGCUGAAUCAGUCGAGGGCUCUGGAGAAAGAAUGGAGCAGAUCCUUAACAGCUUCACUGGCUUCCUAAUUGAAGCUAGCGACCGCAGGCACCACGCCAUGUCCUUGGUGUCAGAGGCAGAGAGACUCCAGCAGAGUGGGCUUCCCUACCCAGAGACAGGCGGCCUUUCAAGACCCUCAUCGGCACUUUCCAGUCGGACCUGGAGGACUUCCUCUGCAGGGCAGGAGGCAUGUGGCCGAGAGCUGCAGAUCAUGGUCAACAUAUGUGAUUUUUGUGAGCAGGCUGUGGAGCUUGCCAACGAGUGCACUGAUUAUUUGAAUCUUACUGAAGCCAGAAAUCUCACAGUCCAAUCCCCUGAAAGCGCCUCAUGGAUCAGUCAAACAAACACUCAGCUGGUGCAGAAGCAAAGCAAAGACCCCGUCCUGAACGCCACAUCUCUUUGCCAGUCCGAUGUCCAGGCUUCUCCUGACCGACUGAUUCUCCAGUCUUUCCAAGAAAAGUUCCUCCACUUCAGCCCGGAGAAACUCCACGAGGUGAAGGUCCACGCCGGCUCCCUGCGGGGAUCUCGAGGGAUGCACGUCUGGAAUGCUGCCUGGCUGAGAUUUCACGAGGCCCAGCAGCAGCUCCAGGAGAGGAUGCAGGAGCUGGAGGAGCUUCGCCACCAGCCGGCAGAUCCCAGCAGCAGUUGUGAGGGUCACUUUGUGGAUGUGGUGAGCACCAACAUCCAGACGGCCUCUCCAGGGGGGACAGAGGUUGGUGGUGCAGUCGACCCCGGGGCCUCAGCGUUCUCAGUGGGAGGGCAUCUUGUCAGGUGCAGAGGAUUUGGGCCUGCAGUAACAUUACCAUCAUACCGGAGGGCAGCAGUGAUGCCGGGACAAACCAGGAGUCAAAGCAGUCAUCUCACAGGUCAGCCAGGAGAACGGAGAGGGAAGGCACGAAAGAGACACACAAGCAGAGCCAGAAGUGAGAGGGAUGCCGCCGCUUUAUCUCAGUCCCACCCCGUCGGCUGCCAGUGGUUUCCAUGGAGACGGGGUCUCGGAGCGAGGUCGGUGAGCCAGGACUCGUGCGCCGCCAGAGCCUCGGCCGCUGGCUCCACACCUGAAGAGCAGGGGCCUCGGUCGCCACCGUGCUGCUCCCACCGCGGUCAGCCAUCUUGCCGCAUCCUGCAGGAAGCGCAGAAGUUCCAGAUCUCUCGACACGGGAGCUUCUGCUCAGACAACUCCUGCAUGAGCGACGGCGGCGCUGCUGGGGCCGAAUGCUGUAAACACUCCAGCCUGCCCCCGGAGACGUAUGGGAGAGCGUUUUGUUUGUCAGGUCCACAGGAGAAUGUAAGCAGUGCUCUGAGGGUGCAGCAUGUCAUGGAGGAGCUGGUUUUUACCGAGAGGGAGUAUGUGCGCUCUCUGGGUUACAUCCUGACUCACUACCUCCCCCUGAUGGACAGGUUGGACAUUCCUCAGGAUCUCAGAGGCAAGAGGGGGAUCAUCUUUGGCAACCUAGAGAAGGUUUACGACUUCCACAGCCACUAUUUCCUCCCAGAGCUGGAGGCCUGCGAGAGGCAGCCGGCCAUGGUGGCCCGCUGCUUUCUCAGACACAGUGAGAGUUUUGGCCUGUACGCCUUAUACAGCAAGAAUAAACCUCAGUCAGAUGCGUUGAUUCUUCACCGCCGCCAUGACAUCUUUAAGAAGAAGCAGCAGGAGCUCGGGGACCUCAUGGAUCUGUCUUCCUACCUGCUGAGGCCCAUCCAGAGGAUCAGCAAGUACAGCCUGCUGCUGCAGGACAUGCUGGCCUUGGUUGGACCCUGCAGAUCGAAACAGAAGGACGCCGCUGUGUGCGCACCGGAUUCGACCUGCAUAGAGAGAGACAGAGAGAGGAGUGAAAUCCAGGCUGCUGCACACCUGAUUCAAUUUCAGAUGCGUCACGGCAACGACUUGCUCACCAUGGACGCCAUUCAGGAUUGCGAUGUCAACUUGAAGGAGCAGGGGGAACUGAUCCGCCAAGAUGAGUUCACAGUUUUCUUUCGGAAGAAGAAAUGCGUCCGCCGAGUCUUCCUCUUUGAACAUUUGAUUCUGUUCAGCAAAACCAAGAGGACGGAUAUUGGAAAUGAUGUUUAUGUCUGCAAACAGUCAUUUAAGACUAACGAUAUAGGAAUGACCCAUAACUCUGGUGUGAGCGGUCUGUGCUUUGAGAUCUGGUUCCGCAGAAGGAAAAGUGAGGACACUUACACUCUGAAGGCCUCAAGCACUGAAGUGAAGGAAGCCUGGACCACUGACCUGGAGAGGAUUCUGUGGAACCAAGCUGCUCACAGUAGAGAGCUGCGUUUGCAAGAGAGAGUGUUUAUGGGAACGGGUCGCAGUCCUUUUAUGGAUAUUCAACCCAGUGAUGCGGCGAUUUGUGACCGAGCCGUCAGCUGCGUCCUGCCUGGGAGAAGUAAGAAGUUUGCACCAUUCAAAGUGUGUUAUAUUUUAAAUUGCCCUAAUCCUCCACACAUUACAUCUGAGAGCCUUACAAGAGCAGUCCCUGUGGCGUGUUGUUCACACAGGGGCUUAGAUUAUCCCCGACCGCACUCCAUUGGCUCUGGUAGCACUGCCUCCACCACCGUCAGCCAAUCAUCUUCUUCCUCUGGCCGGGGCUCUCUGCCCCCUUCUGGUUAUCUCGGGAACACCAAUCCAGGAGUUGGGUCGUCCCCUGAGGCUGUGACUGAAAACGAACUCAACAGCCAUCAUCUUCUUCAGCACCAGCCUCAUCCUCACUGUGAUCAAUGGAAAACUCACUGUCCUCUGAUCGACAGCACUGACUCCUCUGGAGAAAGUAUGAAUCUGUACAGCAGCCCAGACCACAGCUGUCUGUCUGCUAUCAGCGGAGAGGUAGUGGACGACUCUUCAGUCCGUGUCCCAGAGGUCAGAGCAGAAAGCAACUCUUUGUCUGACCCCCAGCCUGAGGAAAAACAGCUCCCCCUGCAGUUACCUAGAAAGAAGCCUGGCAUCCCCCCCAAACCUCCACAUCUAGCUAACCCUCAGGGGAAGCUGGGAAGAUCAACAGAAGUUUGACCCUUAUUUCUAAAAAGAAGAUGAACAGUCAAUAACAUAGUUGAUGCCUGCUGCAGACUACAUGAAGACAGAAGGAUUGCAUGCAUGGAAACAUUUCCAUGGGCUUCAUAGCCAUUAUUUCUUAUCAAAAAGACUGUAUGUUUUAAUUUAUUCAUUGAGUCGGUUUUGGUGUCUCAAAUCUACAGAUACCGCCACUGUGGGAUCUUGUCAUGCACAAUUUUUGCAGUUCUAUAUUUGCGGGGAUCAAAUAAGUUUAUUAAACAAGUUGGAGUCACCAAGUCCAGCACUCUUAUCCAAGGUUAGCUUGCUCAGUGUUUACAUUGGCCCACUGUCCAGACUGAAGACAUAAAGAAGAAGUUGACCUUGAGUGGAGUUAAAUAUGUGGACAUAGUGCUGCGGAAAACCUGAAACCGCUUGGCAGAUUUUUUGUAAUAGGAUUUACCAAAUACACAGUAAAUGUUUGUGCUUUUUCAAUUUCUAUUUGAAGGUUUUGUUAAUGUGAUGCCUUUCAGUAUUUAAUGCUUGUUCCGACAGUUGUUGUGAAUGUCUUUUUAUCUUGAUCUUUUGUCUUCUUCUGAUGGGACAGACCACUAGCCUGCGUGUUUGAGUCGUGUUAUAUUUUACAGACGCAUCCAUAAAGACUGGGCUGAUGCAUUAUCUUCAAGGAGGAAACUCAAGCUUCUGCAGAAGAAUGGACAAUUACAAGACAGCAGUCAAAACCCAACGGGAUCCACAAAUCAAAUCAAUUUCACCUAAUUUUUGGAAUUUAGUUAAGUGUUUGUUUUUUCUUCAUAUUGUCUUAAAUAUUAGCCAACUGUUGUAAACUUGAAACUGUCUGGAUUUUGUUUUGCUGUUUGUACAAAAUGUACACGUGCAAAUUAUGACAGGUAUAUUAGACCAUCGUUUUCAUACUUUGUGUUUUAUAUCACUUAUGUGAAUGUCAGUCUUUUUCUGUUUUUUCAGUUUUAUACCCCUUUAUUAUUUCUUUUACCUUUUGUAAGCAGUGUCUAAUUUGAAUGUCAGGUUUCUUCCCUCUGAAUUUAAAAGGUUUGAUUGCAAUAAAAUGAGAAUGUGAUAAAAGAUG